UACGUUUAACUCCCUUUGAAUCCACACAUCGGCAGUGGCGAGAAAGCAAGCGAAGGAGUAUAAAGAAAACGCAUAGAAAGUUCCAGAUCAGGUGGAGGACAUUGUCGUCAUUUCGCAGCGACCCCAUCUCUGCGUGAAGCGAGAGCGAGAGAGAACACGGUGCUUAUUAGAGAGAGUUGGGGAGGAGGAGAAAGACAAAAUUCCCCCUCGUACACUUUCACUCCCACUGUUUUUUUGUUUUUGUUUUUUUUUUUUUUUUUUGCCUGUCCUUCGAUCUUCGAUUGCAAAAGCACGCGAGUAACCCACACUCGCACUGCUUCGUUGCCUUACUUUCCAAUUCUGGCAAGUGGUUGGUUCUGGUGCGAGUCGAAGAAGAAAGAGAGCAAGGAAUAGUGAUAAAAAUGGAGAGGAGCACACCGGUGAGGAAGCCGCACACGUCCACAGCAGAUCUGCUCACUUGGUCCGAGAAUCCUCCGGCCGAUUCUCCCGCCGUUGGUUCAGCUGCUUCUCGCUCCGCCACGCGCUCGCACCAGCCGUCGGAUGGGAUCCGUAAGGUGGUAUUUGGAGGUCAGGUAACGGAUGAGGAGGUUGAGAGCUUAAACAAACGGAAACCUUGUUCUGGGUAUAAAAUGAAGGAGAUGACUGGUAGUGGCAUAUUCAUUGGAGAAAAAGAUACAGAAGAAUCUGGCAAUGCCAACUCUUCUGUGAGCAACAGAACAGGAAUACGCAUGUAUCAGCAAGCAAUUGCCGGAAUUAGCCAUAUCUCAUUUAGCGAGGAUGAGAGUGUUUCUCCCAAAAAGCCUACUACUUUGCCCGAGGUUGCAAAGCAGCGUGAGCUGAGUGGAACCCUGGAAAGUGAGGAUGCGAAGUUGAAGAAGCAGCUUUCUGAUGCAAAGUGCAAGGAGCUUAGUGGACAUGACAUCUUUGCACCCCCUCCCGAAAUUUUACCUCGGCCAGUAACUGCUCGCACAUUGGACUUGAAAGGAAGCAUAGAAAUAGGAGAAUCCGCCGCACCAAAUGUACGCACUUCUGUUAAAGUUUCUAACCCUGCUGGAGGUCAGAGCAAUAUCAUGUCAGAUGAAGAACCUGUUAUGAAGACAGCGAAGAAAAUAUAUAACCAGAAAUUUGCGGAGCUUUCCGGAAACGACAUAUUCAAGGGAGACGUUCCUCCAUCAUCCGGUGAGAAACCACUGAGCACGGCGAAAUUGCGAGAGAUCAGUGGCAAUGACAUCUUUGCGGACGGGAAGGCGGAGUCUCGAGAUUAUCUAGGCGGUGUACGCAAGCCUCCUGGGGGCGAGAGCAGCAUUGCCUUGGUUUAACUUGGUUUAGGUCUAACACUCAGUUUCUGUCACCUGGCGUCUGGUUUUGUUUUAGUCCUAGUGCGGAUGUGUUACAUUAUUAUAUAUUAUUUGACCUUGCAUUCUGGGUUUCGGGAGUUGUCUUAGCUUUUAACGUGUCGACCACAACUAUGGACUACGUACUAAUUAAUUGGGUUGUAUGUCCAUAUAUUCUUGUGUUUU